AUGGCCGCGCUCGAGCGUUGCAGAUGGUCUGUCCGCAGGCAGCCUGCUUCUGCGAAGUGGUACGACCGAAGGGACUAUGUCUUUAUUGAAUUUUGUGUUGAAGACAGUAAAGAUGUUAAUGUAAAUUUUGAAAAAUCCAAACUUACAUUCAGUUGUCUUGGAGGAAGUGAUAACUUUAAACAUUUAAACGAAAUUGACCUUUUUAAUAAUAUUGAUCCAAAUGAAUCAAAGCAUAAAAGAACAGACAGAUCUAUCUUGUGUUGUUUACGAAAAGGAGAAUCUGGUCAGGCAUGGCCAAGGUUAACAAAAGAGAGGGCAAAGCUCAACUGGCUCAGUGUGGACUUCAACAACUGGAAAGACUGGGAGGACGAUUCAGAUGAAGACAUGUCCAAUUUUGAUCGCUUUUCUGAGAUGAUGAACAACAUGGGUGGAGAUGAUGACGUAGACUUGCCAGAAGUAGAUGGGGCAGAUGAUGACUCACCAGACAGUGAUGAUGAAAAAAUGCCGGAUCUGGAGUAAGGAAAACUGUCGUCUUCAGGGUUUGGGGAAAGAACUUCAUCACAACAUUUCAUAAUUGAGAUAAGAAUUCCUGAGUUGAUAGCCCUAAAGGGAGAUCCUGCAUCCUUUAACCCAUUUUUCAGUCCAUUUUAAAUGGCUUCACUGAUGGUAGGUGUGUACCAUUGCACGGGGCGGUCUUAAGCCACGAGAGGCAAUAACGUUAUGCAUGAACCGUUUCCAGACUUCCAAAAAAAAAACAAAAAACAAAAAAACCCAAUUGAGGUGUAGGCAAUUGAUACAGAGCAGUCGCAAUAAAGUUUACGGAGCCUC